AUGGCCUCAUCAUCAGCGCUCGCUGAUGACGCGGGCUUCGUCCUCACCCACCCAGAUGCCGACGAGCAGGUCCGCACAUGGACGCACACGCAUCCGUUCUGGGGCCCGUCCUACCCCCUCGACGUCUACCUCGCGCGCGAGAGGGAGCUCCUCACCGUGCCGCUCGCGCGAGACGGUGGCAUGGCCAAUCGCCGCCGCCCCGUCCUCUCUUCCUGCGAGACGCUGCGCAAGCGCGCCCUCGUCCGCGCCCCCGGCGAGUCCACCGCCCGCGACGUCUACGCCCACGGCGUCGCCAGCGUCUUCACCUACCCCGAGUCCCGCCGGCAGGGCCACGCCGCCCGCAUGCUCGACCUCCUCGGCAGGAAGCUCGCCGACGACGAAGCCCGCCGGCCCGGCGACGCCGCCUUCUCCGUGCUCUUCUCGGACAUUGGCAAGACCUUUUACGCGGGGCUCGGCUGGGCGCCCUUUGAGAGCACUCACCUGUCGUUGCCCGCCGCCGCUGCUGUGGGCUCGCCCGGCAAAGAUGCUGCUACUGCUGCUGCCAGUGCCCGCGGCGAGCUUACGAAGACGAAGACGGCGGCGACGACGACGCCCAUCACAGACGAGAACCUCGAGCCUCUCGUGGCCCUCGACGAGAAGCUCCUCCGCGAGCGCAUCGCCCUCGACGAUGCCGCCCGCCCCACCACCAAGACGCGCGUCGCCAUCCUCCCAGACAUGAACCACAUGCGGUGGCACUUUACCCGCGAGGCGUUCAUGUCGACGCACCAUCUUGGCCGCGCGCCCGCCGUCCACGGCGCCCUGUACACUAACCCCUCUGACGGCUCUCGCGUUUGGGCCAUCUGGGCUCGCGUCCACUCCGGCGGUACCACAGACCUCGCCAAGAACGUGCUGUACAUACAGCGCUCCGUCGUCGAGAAUCCGGGCAUCUCGGACUCUGAUCUGACCCGCGCCUGGCGUGCCAUCCUCGAAGCCGCACGGGCAGAGGCGCACGAGUGGAUGUGCACUCGGGUCGACAUGUGGAACCCCGAUGAGAGGACAAGGCGUCUCAUCAUCGAGAUGGACGACCUGCAUGUUAAGCACAUCAUCAGGGAGGAAGACAGCAUCGCCAGCCUACGGUGGUUCGGCGACGGGUCUGUUCAAGACAUCGAAUGGGUCGCAAAUGAACGCUACGAGUGGUGCUAG